AUGAAACGACCAACGAACCCAAACUUGUACUGGGCACCACCGGAAGUACUGCGCACCGAUGAAAAGCAAAACGCAAUCACAGCACAAUGCGAUAUGUGGGGUCUUGGAGUGAUUACUUUUUGUUUAUUAAGUGGAUUCCAUCCAUUCGCUGCGGAAAAUGAUUCGGACGAUGAACUGAGGGAAAGUACAAUCAAUCAGAAAUGCAAUCCGAAUUUGAUCCACGUACAGGCAACUCAGGAAUCAUUGAGAUUUGUUACGUGGGCAUUAAAAAAGGAUCCGAUGUAA